CGAGAAAGAUGAAGGUCCACGAGCUUGUGGGCAUGAGUGGCACGGUCCCUCCCGCCCUCGAUUCUCCUCUGACCAGCGAACGAUUAGCAGAAGUCCGAGACUUAUACGACCAGGUAUAUGCCCCCGGCUUAGAGAAGUUUUUCGAAACAGAAUGGUAUACGAAGCCCCAAGGUGUUAGUGCUUUGAUAUCCAACGCAGCUGUCAACGAAAUGUUGGCGGGCUUCCUCCAAUCUAUGGCCAAGACGGAUGCAAACGAUGUCGCCGGAAUGCAAUACUCGGCCAAUCUCGAAUUCCGAGUCGUUUGGGAUUUAGCUUCGCUGGUUUACACGUCUGAGUACAAAGUCAACGUAGGAGAUCGUUUACCGCCUUCCGAUGAUGGGUCUGAAGCACGGAAUCGAGUAUCUGUCUUCGAAGCUUUGCUAUCGGGCGAUUAUCUCGACCAGAAUCCCUUGCACCCGCCGCCCGCGAAUUCCGACAUUCGACUCCACCGCAUUAGGGAGUUCAAGUUCUGGUACUGGUUGGCAGAAUUCCUACGUCUGGUGGACCAACCUGGGAUGGACAUGUUGCGUCAGCGAGAUUACUUCUUAGGACAAAUGCGCGAAUUGUUGGAUGGACGUGAAAACCGCGACGUUCUGUAUUCUCUCGCUGUCAUUCGUGCGCUCGCGCCGAAUUUUCCGCCAGACUUCGAGAGUACCCUACCUCCGCAUCUCGACGAGAGCGACCCUAAGAACAAGCUCGCCGUGGCCCGAAAGUUUGUUCAAGAUGAAUCUCAGGUCACUGGGGGCACUACCAAUGUAGUCCGCCGUUUCGCUGAGCUUGCCGUGAGGGCUUUCAUCGUCCCGGGGAAUAAUAUCAUUCGAAGGUGAGGGGAGACAGUCACUGGGCCCUCAACAGUAAUUAUAGCAAUGUGUUAGUAUACAUUUCAACCCUCGGAAAGCUGCUCCUUGGUAGCUUUUUUU